AGUUCUUGUUAUUGAAUUCUUCAAGAAGUGAGUGAAGUAUGAUCGAUCGCAACAUAAUCAAGUGUGCACAAAUCCUAGUCAUCAUUCAACUUGGCUUCAUUGUUCCCGGAAAUGCAAAAAUGCAAGCCUUCUCGAUUAAUGUGACGGAAUAUUCAAUGGCAUAUCGAUUUAACAUUUUGGCAAUUGGAGGCAUUUUCAACAUGACAAUUUCAUUGUUCAAUCUUAUCUUUGCCCUCUUCAAUUUUUACCUAAUCUUUGGAAGGUAUGAUUUGAGACUUCGUCAAAUUGCUGAAAAACUGAAAAUCGCGGUGGACGAGAUGGCCGGAAGGGAUUUGCACCCGAAGCUUAAAAUGUCCCUCUCGCGUACAAUUCCACGGGGAACUUCAAUGCUUGAUGACAUUUGGAAGUUGCUCAAAGAGCCCAGUGCACUGUUUGAUAAUGCUAAUGAUCUACUCCCAGGACAGAAAGAAGAACGUAUUGAUAGAAUGAAUGAAAAGAAAGAGGAAGACGCAAAAACUCCGAAAAAUUCGAAAAAUUCGAAAACACCGAAGAAGGCCAAAAUGCCGAAAAACGCCAAAACGCCAAGAACGCCAAAGUCUUCUGCGUCAAAAACGCCGAAAGCCAGUACAGUUAGUGGAAAGUUGGAAAAGAAGAAGAAGAAAUAAGGAAAUGUACUAUGCUUUACACUUGUCGGAAAUAAAUUUUGGUUCUUUAA